GACUCAACACCACGAGAAUAUCACUGACAAAGUAUGUUGUUUUCAUAUCACAUGAAUGGUCUCCUGUGAAAGUCCCAGAAUUCUUUGAGGGUAAUGCUAUUAUAGCAGGUUGAGAUACAACUAAAUCUCGGGUGUAUAAAAACUAUUCGUCUGGAAAAUGUCAUGAAUUAAACAAUCUCUGAAUAUAAGUGUAAUUGCAAAUCAUUGGUUCAAUAAUAGCAUCUUUAGUAUUGGUAGAUUGAAGCAAGUGGGCGGUUCUGUCAUUCCUUUCAGCCAAUAAACAGCCGCUAUCCCAUUAACCGCGGGAGUUUUGGUGCCUUGUGUGUUAAAUACAAUAUCGCACCUCUGCGGAAGACUGGAUAGUUCCAUGUCCAGUGUGUCUUCUUUAUGCAGCCGCUCCAGGUAGAUAGUAAUUUGGAGACACUCUCCCAAUGAUGAGCAGCUAUUCGCCUCCAACGGUUUGUCGUUUCUACUGGACUCCUGGAGGCUGCUGGUAUGGAGAAAGAUGUCGAUAUUCCCACGCAGAGAACACUGUACAGGACACAGAGUCCAGGCCCUAUUGUAGUUACUUCAUGUCUGGUAACUGCAGAUUUGGCACAUCCUGCUUCAACAGACAUGGCCCUAUGGACUAUCAAAUGAAAACUCAGGACCUUUCCGACCUGGAUACUUCCUCAUCGAUUCCGACCACAUCAGAGUCGGACCAAUCCAUGUUGUCCAAUACAACGCCGUCAACUGAUGUCACUGAAGCAUCUUCAGAUUUCAGCCUGUUGGAUGCAGACUUGAGUCGCAGCAGUGAGGAAUGUGUGAAGCCGAGGCGCAAACCCAAAGACAUUACCUGUGGGCAGUGCAGUGUCUACUAUGAGGGUUCUGAUGCUUAUGACAACUUGAAGGAGCAUUACUUGGAGAACCUACGUCGUAUGGAUGGCAGACAUACAUCAUUCCUUGCUAAGGGCAUUUUUCGUAGGUUUGCCGUCUGCACGGAAUGUGACCGCCAUUUCAAAAAUGCACACGCUUUUCUCCAGCAUAUUGUAGCCAAGGCAAAGGUGACAGGUUCUGCACAGAAGGAACAUUCUAAUGAUUUGGAUUGUGUGGCCCAGAUGUUUGUUGAUCGCGAUGCUGGCAAUGACACGGAGAAGGACUUCACCCAGUUUAUGUGUGACUACCUGACUGCGGAGGGAGCUGACUCAACCGAGGGGGAGGUAGAUCUGGAAGAUGAAGAUAUGAAGUAUCUGGGUCGGGAGUUGUCUCUCAUGAAUCCCUUUGAUGUUGACGAGUGUGACGAUUCGGAUGACAAUUAUGGUGUGCUGGGAUUUGAUGAAGAUGAGGUGUACGAGAUGUUGUGUCAGGGCAUCAAGCCGUGGGACCCUGAAGCUGGGGCUGCCUUAGCUGUGCUCAAUGGAUAUGACGACUUCUAUUGAUUGACACCACCAUCAACAUGCAUGUUUUGUGAUAUAAUUUGAAUAGAGAACAUGGCCCCGUUUCACAAAGCUCUUUCAACAGUCGUAGGCCAGUUUUAGGGCAUAUAAUUUACCACAGUCAGGUAGCAUUACCACGCUUUGUGAAAUGGGGCCCUGACCUUGUUUUGAAACUGUGAUACCAGUUUUGUCAGUGCUAGUUCCAUGAUGUUUGCUGAUACAGAUUAUAUGUGUUGAAUUGUAGUAAUAUGUGCAUAUUAUCAGUGCUGCUAACUUUCAAGCCUCGCCUCUUUUCAAUCCCCAUGUCUGUUGAUGAGCACUUUGGUCAUUCAGCUUCUCUUACCUUUGAACAAAUAUCACCAACCUCCAUGAUGAAGAAAUUUCACUUUCUGGCUUCCUGAUGAUUCGAUAAGAAUUUUGGCCUUGAAUAAAACUUUGAGGUUUGAAAAUUGGAAUGUUUAUCAACACUCUUGAUAGAAUUAAUGAAAUUAAUAAAAAAAAUUGUUCUGGUAAUUAAGAACUUAUACACAAAAAACUUAUGUUUUGUUGUAUAUCUCUAUAUGAAGACCUCGGGACAGCACAAAGUUUGGGCAAUUAACAAGUACCCAUGAUGAAACCAGUCAGGUG